GGUCCUGGUUUUUCCAGGUCAGCUCUUCAACCAUAGCACUUAGUGCUGUGCCUGAGAGUGAAUAACUGUGCUUGUAUGCAUGCACCAAGUGAUAGGUCAUUCCAAAGCAAAGCCCCACUGUCUGUCCAGGGCCAAAGUCAGCCCAGGGUUAAACUACAGUGUCUUUGUUGCUGCCUGUACACAUCUUACAAUGACAGGAGUAGGUAUACCAGAGAAAUGGCAAGUUGCCAACCAAAGCUUUACCACAGAUCUGUUAUUAAAUACCACAUACUGCUAAGCAGCUCUACUGGGGAACUCCUGGUUCCAGAUCCUGCCUUAGGCUCCUAUGAUUGAAGUUUCAAGUAGGGGCUAAGAUUGCAGUUGAGGUAAGAGAGUUGAAUCCACGCCUGAGAAGGCACCAGCUAGCCCAACUGUGUCCAUGUCUGAGGCAGAGAAGUAGAAGGAGUGGCCCCUGAGGUGUAGCAGCCUGUGAAUAUGCUUGUGUGGAUGUGUUCAUUCUUGACGUGGGAGUGUGCAUGUGUAAGGGAUCACAUGUGCUUGAGCUCUUCUCUCUAUGUCUUGAUUCUUUGCAUGUGUGGUUGAGUUGGUAAAUAAGUGUAUAUGAGUAUUAGUAUAUAUGAAUAUAUGUGUGCCAGCAUGUGUGUGCACGUAUUCAUGAGUGCACACAUCAUUGUAUAUACAUUUGUAUCUAAAUGCAUGUGUAUGCAUAUGGGUAUAAAAAUGUCUAUGAAUGUACACCUGUGUGCAUAUGCAUAUGAGGGUAUGUUGUAUGUGCAAGUGAAUGUUUGCAUAUAACACACACAUACAUAGAGACAUGUGUGCAUGCGUGUAUGCACACGAGGGUGUGUGUCUCUGAUUGCAUACAUUUAGUCCCGAGAGGGAGUUCACAGAUGUGAGGAUGUGGGGGCAUUUCCUCAGGAACCCCUGUUGUCCUGCUGGCUGCCCCCUCUUCCUGCCCUGAGGGGACAGGCCCUCGCUACAUAAAGAGGCCUGGAGCCGCCACUCCUGAUGGUGCUCCAUGCCUGCUGCUGCUACCUCCUAGGCCCUAGUCUGGAGUGUCAGUGCUGAAUGCUUGGGGGACUCCUGCCUCAAAGCUUCCCAGGAGCAGGUCCCACCUGCUCGCUCCCAUGACCAACAUGAGCUGGAGCUUCCUGACGCGGCUGCUGGAGGAGAUCCACAAUCAUUCCACCUUCGUGGGCAAAGUGUGGCUCACUGUGCUAGUGGUCUUCCGAAUUGUGCUAACGGCUGUGGGUGGCGAGUCCAUCUAUUCGGAUGAGCAAUCCAAGUUCACCUGCAACACGCGGCAGCCGGGCUGUGACAAUGUUUGCUACGAUGCCUUCGCGCCCCUGUCACACGUGCGCUUCUGGGUCUUCCAAAUCGUGGUCAUCUCCACCCCUUCUGUCAUGUACCUGGGCUAUGCAGUCCACCGCCUGGCGCGCGCCUCAGAGCUGGAGCGCAGACGCGCCCUCCGUCGUCGCCCCAGCCCUCGGCGCGUGCCCCGGGCUCAGCUGCCACCGCCGCCUCCUGGCUGGCCGGAUGCCACCGAUCUGGGCGAGGCGGAGCCCAUGUUGGCGCUGGAGGACGAGGAGGACGAGGAGCCGGGGGUGCACGAGGGCCCGGGGGAAGACACGGAGGAGGAGCGCGCAGAGGAUGUGGCUGCCAAGGGGGGUGGAGGUGAUAGCAAAACGGUGGUCACUCCCGGACCUGCCGGGCAGCACGAUGGGCGAAGGCGCAUCCAGAGGGAGGGCUUGAUGCGCGUGUACGUGGCCCAGCUGGUGGUAAGGGCAGCCUUCGAGGUGGCCUUUCUGGUGGGCCAGUACUUGCUGUACGGCUUCGAGGUGCCGCCCUUCUUUGCCUGCAGCCGCCAGCCUUGCCCGCACGUGGUGGACUGUUUCGUGUCGCGGCCAACCGAGAAGACGGUCUUCCUGCUGGUCAUGUAUGUGGUUAGCUGCCUAUGCCUGCUGCUCAACCUCUGUGAGAUGGCGCACCUGGGCCUCGGCAGUGCGCAGGACGCUGUACGCGGUCGUCGGGGAACCUCAGCACCGGGUCCUGGCCCGGUGCCGCGCCCGCCUCCCUGCGCUUUCCAGUCUGCGGCUGCCGGCCUGGCUUGCCCUCCCGAAUACAGUCUGGUGGUGCGCGCGGCUGAGCGGGCGCGCGCGCACGACCAGAAUUUGGCUAAUCUGGCCCUGCAGGCACUGCGCGAUGGGGCGGCGGCAGCGGUGGCCGCAGAUCGGGACAGCCCUCCAUGUUCAGGGCUCAAUGCAACCUCUCGGGGGGCACCCAGGGCGGGUGGCCCAGCUUCCGGAACCGGUAGUGCCACGUCGGGGGGCACCGUUGGGGAGCAGGGCCGACCCGGGGCUCAGGAACAACUGGUCACUAAGCCUAGGGCAGGCUCUGAGAAGGGCAGUACAGGCAGCAGGGAUGGCAAGGCCACUGUGUGGAUCUGAGGGCACUGGGGAGAGCUCAGGGAGGGCCUAGCAUAAAGGUUCAAUGGAAAUCUUUGUUCUCAACCAGUGGCCACUGACAGAUCCCCUUAGGGGUCUUUAGAAGAGGAAGCUGAAGACCCCUGAGAGUUGCUGGCUCAGGUACCUCCCUGCAGGAUGUGAAGAGGAGUCACCAGGGACUUGUCUGUGGCCCCUGGGUGGGGGGAGGCGAGCUGUGUCCCAGUAACUUGACUGCCCCUCUAGGCUAUUAAGCAGGAUGACCCCUCCGCUGGGCCCCUCAGCGCUUUCUUUUAGGCUCUCCUGCAGCUUCCCCGUAGAAUAGAGGUAACUGGCAAGAACCUUUUGGGGACUGUGUUUAUCCUCACUGCAGCAGCAGGUGGGUUCCUCUACAGCCCCCUCAGCCCUGACGAAGUCAGAGAACUCUCAGGUCAAGGACAAGCAGGUAGCCUUGCGUCUACUUGCAGCUCUUGGCUCCCUGCGUGAGGCGACUAAGACCUGAAGGAGACCUGGGCUGAGUACAGCCUCCUCUCCCUGAGAUGAGGUAGCCAGGCAUGGGCCGUUUCUAGGACAUCCUGGAAAUUCUGUCAUGCCUUGCAGCUUAGAUCCAUAAGGCUGUGGUCCAGACCCGUGUUUUUGGCCAUGCUGGAAAAUUAGAGCUCUGGGGAGCCUAGACCCAUCUUUUGUGCCCUCCUCCCUGUUUUAAAGCCAACUUCUGGAACAAACGAAGUAAAA